AUGACCUCUACGCACUCCGACGACGGCUCGGCACACCCCGCAGUCGACAAUUCCCUCGACGACAUCUUCGGCUCCUCGCCACCACACGAGACGAGAGAAGUGCACGGGAUCUCAGAGCAUAACCGAGCAGGUACAAGCUCUGCUACCGUCGAACCCUCCGAUCUUCCCUCCCUACGCCGCCAGCACGUCACCGCGGGGUACCGCGAUGGCGUCUCCGUAUCGAAAGGCGAGCGCGUCCAAGACGGCUUCGACGGCGGAUUCCCGAUCGGUGCACAGCUAGGCAUGCGAGCAGGAACAAUCCUCGGUAUCCUAGAAGGAAUUUCAAGGGGUCUUGAUGACCGGAGCACAGGUGCGGUGAAGAAGCCCGCUGCGCGGGGCAGUGCAUCCGGAACUUCUUCACCCGCGAACGCAGAGACACGCCGAAAGAUCGGUGAGCAAGUUCGAAAGAUCUACGGGGAUGCCGUGAAGGCGCUAGAUGUGCAGGCAGUGUUUACGGGAUUGGAAGCUGUGGCCGCGUCUGGCUCACGGGUUGACACUGCCUCUGGCGAGGUCCAUCACCAGGAUGCAGGGGAGAAGCCAGAGACCCAGUUAGCUAAGAAGGGAGACUCGGUGAUCGCUCCAUGGGAGAAGAGACUUUCUGUUGCUGCUUGGGAAGAGAAUAUGGAGGCCUUGGAGAUGAAGGAGGCACAGGGCGAGGGAGACAAGGGCGCUGCCGGAGAGCGGAGCUGA